AUGCUGCCAGCCCCCUCCCCCGCACCACCAUCCCCAUCUCCCCCGCCCACCGCAGUUGGGCCGUCGGCCCGGGUCUGGCAACGAGCAGGUAGCUCCACAGCUCACGGAGCGUUGCGAAGCGCCGGAAACCAGCGGUCAGGCGGUGUAACGGAGUGGCGAAAGAGGCGAGAUGAGGUUUCGUCCGCACUGACUGCCGACAGAUAUUUGUGUCGUUUCCCGGAUGUGAUCGCCGAACUCAUCAGGACACGUGCUGCGGCUACAGGAGCGAGGACGCGACAGCUGCCCGCCACAGGCAGUUAUCGGCUGCUCUUGAGCAAGUCACGCGCCACUUGCGCCGGGGGGAGCCCUCGUCACGGCGCACAGCGGGCACAGUCUGUCAGUGGCGCCACUACCUCAAAGCCGCUCAGCGCGUCUGACGUCACGGCCCCGCGGCCACCUGCUGCAGCCGUCAGCGAGGCGACUCGAGAAUCUGUUAAGGGUUGGAACGACGUGAGCUUCCACGGCUCUGACCAGAUACCUACCCCGAACAUCGACGCAUUGGCAUACCAUGGGGUCAUCCUCAACCAGCACUACGUGCAGGCCGUCUGCACGCCUUCCAGGGCAGCACUCAUGACGUCCAGGUACCCAGUCCGCAUAGGUAUGCAGGGUGUCCCAAUAUACGCAGCCGAACCACGCGGCCUUCCCGAAGGCAAGAUCCUUCCGCAGUACCUGAAGGAGCUGGGCUACGUCACGAGGGCCGUGGGCAAGUGGCACCUGGGCUACCACAGGGCCGACCUGACGCCCACCUAUCGCGGCUUCGACUCCCACCUGGGCUACUGGAACGGCUUCGUCGGUUACUACGAUUACAUCCUGCAGGCUGGGAACCUCAACGGGUACGACCUACGGCGCAACAUGAGCACCGCGUGGGACCUCUCUGGGCGCUACGCCACCGACGUCUUCACAGAGGAGGCGGAACGGCUGAUCGGGGACCACGACACCAGGAAGCCGCUCUUCCUCUACCUGGCGCACCUCGCAAUGCACGCCGGGAAUCCAGCGAGGCUGCUGGAAGCGCCGCAGGAGUACAUCAGACGCUUCGGCUACAUCUCAGACCCGAACCGCCGGGUGUACGCAGGGGCGAUGGCCAAGCUGGACGAGUCCGUGGGGCGAGUGGUGACCGCGCUGGAGCGGCGUGGCAUGCUGGAGAACUCCGUCAUCGUCUUCUCCUCAGACAACGGAGCGCCCACUAUUGGCGACUACCCCAACUGGGGCUCCAAUUACCCAUUCAGAGGACUAAAGGAGACGCUGUGGGAGGGCGGGGUUCGUGUCGCCUCGCUGGUGUGGAGUCCGCUGCUGCAGAACACGCCCAGGGUGUCCCACCAGCUGAUGCACGUCACCGACUGGCUGCCCACGCUCUACUCUGCUGCCUGCGGUGACGUAUCCUCGCUGCCCCGUGACCUUGACGGCGUGGACCAAUGGGAGGCGCUGGUCAGCGGCUCGCUGUCUCGCCGCUCGGAGCUGCUGCUCAACGCAGACGAGGCGAGUGAGACGGCCGCCGUCCGAGUCGGAGACUGGAAGCUCGUCAUAGGAACGCUGCAGAACGGCUCACUGGACGGCUUCUUCGGCGCCUCUGGGAGGGAGGACGCAGCCCGCACGCCGCCUUACGACCCGGAGGCCGUAGCCUCGAGCCCCUGCGGGCGCGCAGUGUCGCUAGCCGUGGGCACCGCGACGCCUGUAGACGCCAUGCUGCGGCUGCGCCGCGACGCCACGGUCAGUUGCGCCUCCAACUCGUCGACGCCGCGGUGCGUGCCCAGGUCCAGCUACGACGCGUGUCUCUUCAAUCUGAGGGAGGACCCCUGCGAGCAGGAGGGCGUGGUGGCUGGUAGCCAGCCGCUCCUGAAAGACUUCCUGCUGGAGCGCCUCGUCGCCCUGCGGACGCCCUGGGUGCGGCAGGCAGACCUGUUGCUACAGAACUCACUUGCCGAUCCUGCCCACUUCAACAACACCUGGUCGCCCUGGACAGACUGCCUAUGGGACUACACCGAUUCUUUCUGCAACCACGUCUGAGCGUCCCCAACAAUGCGCCUUCUGUGACACUGCUUCUGUUACUGAACAAGCUCGUUCUGCAACCAUGUCUGAACGUCUUCCAUUUGAUCUGUACCGGGCUCUCUUUGGCGGACUACUGGAGGGGUACCUGGACUACCUGAGCGUCUACGAUUUCAACAGUAACUCGCCAACCCUCGGCGGACUUCUUUUGAAGGACUAGCUAGAUUCCUCUUGGAAUCAUAUCUGAGUGUUUCCAGUUUCAGUCAUACAUACCUCCUUUGGUGAACUGUUAGAGGGACUACAUGCACUCCUUCUGGAUGCACUUCUACACCUUCAGCAGCUCGUAAUCCACCUUGAGCGACUGCUUGAGAUAUUACCUCUACUCUUUCAAUUACAUCUUAAUCCCUUCACCUUCAACACCAACCGGCCCUAUUUAUUGGCUGCUUGAGGAAUUACCUGAACACCUUAUGCAAUCACGUCUGAAUGUCUUAAGCUUCAAUAAAUGCUGCCCCAUCCAUCGCCUCCUUUUAGUGGACUAUUUGGGGGACUACCUGGAGUUCUUCUACAACACUAUCUGAACUUAUCGAUUUUCAACGAAAUCUACCCAUCACCUCCCAUUGACAAGCUACUUGAAGGAUAACAUGACACCUUCCACAACCAUGCUUUAGCGCCUCCAGCUUAAUACCUGCACUCUUUCAUGAAAUGAUUGAUGGACUACUUGAGCUCCUUCUGCAGUCACAUUUGCGUGCCUAUAAUAUCACCAUCUCAACUCCUUCUGCAAUCAUGUCUCCAGCAUACAGCGCUCCAGAUUUUUUGGCUAUGCAUACGUGGUACCCAAUCAGACAGAGGAUAACCUUAGUCCUUCAUGUUCUCAGUUUAUAAAUAUAUCUCCAUAAUAUCUUAUCAAUUUCCCUCCAUUUUUCCAUGCAUCAGUAGUUAAUUUUUAGGCUCAUUCUCAUGAAAAAUCAGGGUACUUUGUACUUAAACUAUUUGAAUAUCAUUUAUUGUGGGACUAAAUCCUCUGUACUCUUCUUCAUUUGAAACUGAUUUUAUGCAAUGAAAUGAAAUAAAUGAAUUGAUCUGGAUGAAGGAAGUGAAGAAACAACGACGUGAAAUGAUAUCAGUGCAGAUCGUUCACAUAAGUUGAACUUAUGUUUAAUGAGUAUGUAUUUACAAGUAAAAAUUGUUACCACACUGGGAUUCGAAACCUGGAUUGAAAAGUAACGUAGGACCAUGACUCGAUUCAUAUCCUAAUCUUCGUAAGCGUUCAUUUUAAAAAAGUAAGCUGCCUGAGCAGGCUUCACGUUCGAGGCCAACUUUCAUUGGCACUGAUUUUCCCAUCCGCGAUUUUCCAACUCUGAUACUAUAGAUUCUCCUAUGGAGCUCUCUUCCUUCUCCAUUCCCAAAAUAUUGCAAUUUCCAUGAACCCAGUGACGGAAUCUUUAGUACUAGUAUUCUGAAAUUAAACACAGAAUCGUUACUGAUCCUGGAAGUUUGGUUGAGCCCUUGGGGCGGACUCAGUGUGGUACAUUCUUUUAUGUGUUUAUCUAUUUCUUGUUUGUCUGUUGUCGAUGUGUUAUGCUCGCGGUAAAAGGUCGUAACAACGUGAUAAAAUUGUCUCUGAUAGUGUUGUUAGAAGAAUUACUGUUUGUUGCGCGUAUGAAGAGUCUUGG